AUGUCUGUUUCUGAAUCCUAUACAAAGGAGAUAAAAGGUGCAUUUAGGCAGUUCACUGACUUUCCCAUAAAGGGCGAGCAAUUUGAGGAUUUUUUACCCAUUAUUGGAAACCCCAUGCUAUUCAAAAAGUUGAUAGAUACGUUCAAAGCACAUUUAGAAGAAAAGUUCGGAAAAGAAAAAAUCGAUUUUAUCGCGGGUAUAGAAGCCAGAGGACUUUUGUUUGGGCCAUCUCUAGCAUUGGCACUAGGCGUUGGAUUUGUGCCAAUAAGAAGGGCCGGAAAAUUACCGGGUGAGUGUGCUGCAAUAACGUUCACAAAAUUAGAUCAUGAAGAAGUCUUCGAAAUGCAAGUUGAAGCCAUUCCCUUUGAUUCUAACGUAAUUGUCGUGGAUGAUGUUCUCGCCACCGGCGGUUCGGCAUCUGCCGCGGGCGACCUUAUCGAACGAGUGGGUGCUCAUAUUCUGGAAUAUGACUUCGUGCUAGUGUUAGAUAGUUUACAUGGUGAAGAAAAAUUAACUGCCCCUAUCUUUUCUAUAUUGCACUCCUGA